AUGAUUUAUGGUAUUUUUCUACAAAAUUAUCAAAAUGAUACACGUUUUUCAAAAUGGUAUUCAUCAUUUAAUAUUAAGAGAAAAAAAUUAUUGGAAGAUAAAAUCCAUAAUGAAUUGGUGAAUCGUGAUCGUAGAUGGUCAAAUGUAUUUGAUUUGGAGGGUAUGAAAUUGGUAUAUAGACAAUAUUCUGGUUUAAUGAUUUGUAUAUUAAUUGAUCAGUCUGAUAAUACUUUGGCAAUUUAUGAAUUAAUUCAUUUAAUUGUUGAAGUUCUUGAUGUAUAUUAUGGUGAUGUAUGUGAACUUGAUAUUGUAUAUAAUUUUAAUCGAGUACAUAGUAUACUUGACGAUAUUGUACUCGGAGGUGAAAUUAUCGAAACUUCUAAAGAUAUUAUUAUAGAAAAAUUACGUUCAUUUGAUAAAGUUAAUUAA